AUGUCUCUUCCUCGGCUAUUGCGCACGCCCUGCGCACGCAGUCUCACAAAAUCAACACUCUCCCCAGCUUCAUUACGGCUCCUACCCGUAUACAAGACUUUCUCAACAUCCCGCGCAAGGCUAGAAGAGCUCACUAUCGACGAUGACCUGCACUCUAAACUCCCGGGAAUUGACCCGUCCCGCCUUGAAGUCACCGAAACAAUUACUCCCAAAGCCCUCGUGUCGAAUCAAGAUCUUGUCUUUGGGAGAACAUUUACCGACCACAUGCUCUCGAUCGAAUGGACGGCCGCACAAGGCUGGCUUGCCCCUCGAAUGACACCCUAUCAAAACCUCUCCCUCGAUCCCGCGACCUGCGUCUUCCACUACGCGUUCGAGUGCUUUGAAGGCAUGAAAGCUUACAAGUGCGAAAAGGACAAUUCUCUGCGCCUCUUCCGACCGGACAAAAACAUGGCACGCAUGAACAAAUCCGCCGCACGCAUCGCCCUACCCACAUUUGACGGCCAGAAAUUGAUAGAUUUGAUCGGCAAACUGUGCCGGCUAGACGAGCGGUUCAUCUCGUCAGAAAAGGGUUACUCAUUGUACCUCCGACCUACACUUAUUGGUACGCAGCGAACGCUAGGUGUCGGUCCGCCAGGUUCAGCUCUGCUAUACGUGAUCGCAUCGCCAGUCGGCCCAUACUACCCCACAGGGUUCAAGGCGAUUUCGCUGGAAGCCACCGACUACGCUGUCCGUGCCUGGCCUGGAGGUGUUGGCGACAAGAAACUCGGCGCAAACUACGCGCCGUGCAUUGUACCGCAACUGAAAGCUGCAAAAAAAGGUCUACAUCAGAAUUUAUGGCUGUUCGGGCCGGAGCAGUUAAUCACUGAGGUCGGUACCAUGAAUUUGUUUGUGUGCAUAAAGAACAAAGAGACAGGGCAGAAAGAGCUGCUUACAGCGCCCCUCGAUGGUACCAUUUUGGAAGGUGUGACGCGAGAUUCUGUGCUUGCCCUUGCACGAGAGAGACUCGAGCCUGAAGGGUGGAAGGUCAUUGAGCGCUAUGUCAAGAUGCAGGAGCUCGCAGAUGCAGAGGCGGAAGGACGACUGAUUGAGGUCUUUGGGGCUGGCACGGCUGCCAUUGUCGCGCCAGUAAGGAAGAUUGCGUGGAAAGACCGCAUGCUGGAUUGUGGACUCAAGCCCACCGAAGAGGCGGGCGAGGUCGCCUCCAAAAUGAAAGGAUGGAUUGAAGCCAUUCAGUACGGUGAUGAGGCUCAUCCUUGGAGUGUGAAGAUUCCUUGA